GGGACAGCCUGCCCAGACAAGCUCAGGCUGGGUGCCUGAGCCCUGGGAGGAGGUAGAAGGGGAGGAAGCAGGGUCCGGCCAGGGGUCUGCCGAGACUCGGAGGUGCUGACUUCUCAGGGUGACCUUGGGGAGGAAGAUGGCCGCCCAAGUGCUGCGGCAGAAGGCGCUGUUCCUGCUAGGUCUGCUCUUCCUGGUUCAAGGUACCCGUGGCGGGGGGGCCCGUGAAGACUUCCGUUUCUGCGGCCAGAGGAACCAGACACAGAAGAGCAGCCUCCAUUACAAGCAGACGUCAGAGCUGCACAUCUCCAUCAAGAACUCGGAGGGAGCCCUCACAAUUCAUGCUCCCUUCCUGGCAGUGCUCCCGGCUUCCCAGCCCUUCCCUGACCCCAGGGGCUUCUACCACUUCUGCUUGUACUGGAACCGCCAUGUGGGGAUACUGCAUCUUCGCUAUGGCAAGAACGACUUCUUGCUGAGUAACCAAGCCUCUGGACUCCUGUGCUUCCGGCACCACAAGGAGAGCCUGGCUCAGGGCCCCCCGCUGCUCGCCACCUCUGUCAGCUCCUGGUGGAGCCCCCAGAACACCAGUCUGCCCAGUGCUGCCGGCUUCACCUUCUCCUUCCACAAUCCUCCCCAGAAGGCCUCCCACAAUGCCUCGGUGGACAUGUGUGAGCUGAAAAGGGACCUUGAGCAGCUCAACCAGCUUCUGAGGCACCCCGGAAAGAACUCGAGGAGGCCCUCCUCCACCCUUGCCAGCCAGAGGCUGCAGAGCCUGGAGUCGAAGCUGACCUCUGUGAAGUUCCCAGGGGACAUGCUGUCCUUUGAGGAGGAUCUGGUCAAUGCCACGGUGUGGAAGCUGCAGCCCACAGCUAGCCUCCAGGACCUGCACAUCCACUCCAGACGUGAGGAGGAGCAGAGUGAGGUCCAGGAGUACUCGGUGCAGCUGCCCCGCACGCUCUUCCAGAAGACCAAAGGCCGGAGAGGGGAGGCUGAAAAGAGACUCCUUCUGGUGGACUUCAGCAGCCAAGCCCUGUUCCAGGACAAGAAUUCCAGUCAAGUCCUGGGUGAGAAGGUCUUGGGUAUCAUCGUGCAGAACACCAAAGUAGCCAACCUCUCGGAGCCCGUGGUGCUCACCUUCCAGCACCAGCCACAGCCGAAAAACGUGACUCUCCAGUGCGUAUUCUGGGUUGAAGACCCAACAUUGAGCAGCCUGGGGAGCUGGAGCGAUGCUGGGUGUGAGACCAUCGGGAGAGAGACACAGACGUCCUGCCUCUGCAACCACCUGACCUACUUUGCAGUGCUCAUGGCCCCAUCUGUGGAAGUAGACGCCGUACACAAGCACUACCUGACCGUCGUAUCCUACGUGGGCUGCGUCAUCUCGGCUCUGGCCUGCGUCCUCACCAUCGCCGCCUACCUCUGCCACAGGAGGAAGCCUCGGGAUUACACCAUCAAAGUGCACAUGAACUUGCUGCUAGCGGUCUUCCUGCUGGACGUGAGCUUUCUGCUGAGUGAGCCGGUGGCCCUGACAGGCUCCGAGGCUGGCUGCCGUGCCAGCGCCAUCUUCCUGCACUUCUCUCUGCUCGCCUGCCUCUCUUGGAUGGGCCUUGAGGGCUACAACCUCUACCGACUGGUGGUCGAGGUCUUUGGCACUUAUGUCCCUGGCUACCUGCUCAAACUGAGCAUCAUGGGCUGGGGCUUCCCCAUCUUCCUGGUAAUGCUGGUGGCUGUAGUGGACGUGAACACCUACGGCCCCAUCAUCUUGGCCGUGCAGAGGACCCCAGAGAGUGUCAUCUACCCUUCCAUGUGCUGGAUCCGGGACUCCCUGGUCAGCCACGUCGCCAACCUGGGCCUCUUCAGCCUGGUGUUUCUGUUCAACACGGCCAUGCUGGGCACCAUGGUGGUGCAGAUCCUGCGGCUGCGCCCGCACGCCCAGAAGUGGCCCCACGUGCUCACGCUCCUGGGCCUCAGCCUGGUCCUCGGUCUGCCCUGGGCUUUGAUCUUCUUCUCCUUUGCUUCGGGCACCUUCCAGCUUGUCAUUCUCUACUUCUUCAGCAUCAUCACCUCCUUCCAAGGCUUCUUCAUCUUCCUCUGGUGCUGGUCCAUGCGGCUGCAGGCCCGGGGCGGGCCCUCCCCACUGAAGAACAGCUCGGACAGUGCCAGGCUCCCCAUCAGCUCGGGCAGCACCUCGUCCAGCCGCAUCUAGGCCACCAGCCACCCACCAGGAGCUGCAUGAGGAAACAGAGAUGCGGCCUCUCCUCACCCCCACCUGCCACCCCCCACAAGCCAGGCCUGACAUUUGAGGGUCAGCCAGAGACUCGAGAAGAAGGCCCAAGCCCCUUGGGAGGAGGGGGCUGUUGCCAGACUCCCAGGCUGGGCCUUCUGAAUUGGCCUGCGGGCUACUCGGUGCCCUGGUCCAGCUCACAACGGGCUCGGGAGUGGGACUGUACCCCUGCCGUCCUAACUGGGGGCUGCAGGCCGGUCUGAACUCACCGCCGCUGGGCCCAGCCCUCAUGGCUGUGGAUGGGAGCCCAUGGGCCCCACGGUCAGGUCCUGGACCUGUGAGACCUGGCAGCAUCCUGGGCCCUGUGCUAUAGCCGAUCUGUCUCCGGUGACCGCCACCAGGGCACUCUGCAGUCCUGUCAUUUUAGCCUGAGAGUGGUACUCAGGGCACAUGGGGUUGGGGCAGAGCUUUGAGCCAGAGCCCUGGAGGAGGAGAGCCCCCUCCCGGAGCAUAGCAGCAACUCCUCUACCUCUGAGCCCAGGGCCCUCUGUCAGCCUCUCCAGCCCUCCCUCUCCAGCCCCCCAUUCAGCCCUGGGCAGGGCCCUGAUUCCAGGGCUGUAUUUUGGGUUGUGGUUUCCAAGAGCUGUCUGCUGUAAACCUUUAUUUACUGCACGGGCCUUUGCCUGCCCUUGACUCAGGCUUAGUAUAGACGUGCUGGGCUGGGCUAGGUCUGUCUGUCCAUCUGGGCCUUUCUAUAAGCUGCAUCGCCCUUGCUCACCACUGCCAAGCCCACCCCUCCCAGGGACCCUCAGCCUCUCCCAAAGCCCUCUUGUGGCAAGAACUGUGGAGCGUAGCAGUGCAAAUUUGUUUCUGCCCUAGUACUGGGAAGACUGAAGCGUGCCUCCCUCCGUGACCCUGGCCUAGAGCCCAAAAUGCUCUUAAGGGGUUGGAACUACAAGGGGAGCCACCAUUCCUUGCUGGGGAUCCAGGAAGACUUCCUGUAGGAGACAACAUUUGAUCUGGAUCUCAGUCUUAAAGAUGGGGGAGGACUUUCUUUUUAAGCACUAUCUCAUUUGUCUUUUGAAUUUAAAGAAGUAGAUGUUCAUUGUAGAGAAUUUGGAAACUGUAGAAGAGCACACAGAAAAAAUGUUGUUUUCACCUAAGAAACCACUGUAAACAUUUGGAGCACUUUCUUCUGUGCUUUUAUUAAGAGUCACUGAUACAAACACCUUGGGGCCAAUCAGGAAACAGA